CUUUUCACUCUCAAUCCCAACCACUAAAUUUUCUUCUUCUUUCUAGUUGAUCAAAAUUAAUUCAACCAUGGCAACAACAACUCAUCAUGAUCAUCAAGAACCUAUAGUGAUUAUUGUUGGUGCUGGCCCCGCUGGCCUUGCUACAUCUGCAUGCCUAAAAAAAUUUUCUAUUCCAAAUCUCAUUCUUGAAAAAGAAGAUUGUUACUCUCCCAUGUGGAAAAAAUAUGCCUAUGAUAGACUACACCUUCAUUUAGCCAAACAAUUUUGUCAACUUCCUCAUAUCCCCUUUCCUUCCUCAUCUCCAACUUAUAUGCCCAAAAAAGAAUUCAUUCAAUACUUGGAUAACUAUGCUUCCUAUUUUGAUAUCACCCCUCUGUACAAAAGAAAAGUUGAGUUAGCAAAUUUUGAUGAGUCCACAAGAAAAUGGAAUGUUAAGGUUAGAAAUGGAAAUUCUGGUGAUGUGGAGGAGUAUUUUAGUAAGUUUCUUGUGGUGGCUACUGGAGAAGCAAGUUACCCUUUUAUCCCUGAGGUCCCUGGUUUAGAAAGUUUCAAAGGAGAGGCUAUUCACACUACUCAAUACAAAGAUGGUGAGAAGUUUAAGGGAAAGAGUGUUUUGGUUGUUGGUUGUGGAAAUUCUGGAAUGGAAAUAGCACUUGAUCUUGCUAACCAUGGAGCAAGGACUUCCAUUAUCGUUCGAAGCCCGAUACACUUAAUAUCAAGAGAAAUGGGAUAUUUGGGGCUAAUGUUGUUGAAGUAUAAGGUUGCACCCACAUUGGUGGACUCCAUAAUGAUGAUAUUAAGCAAGCUAAUAUAUGGAGAUGUAAGCAAGUAUUAUGGGGUGAAAAGGCCAAAAGAGGGACCCUUUGCUUCUAAACUAAAGUAUGGUAAGUACCCAAUCUUUGACGUGGGGACUCAUCAAAAGAUCAAGUCUGGUGAAAUCCAGGUGUUACCUGCAAUGACACGCAUAAGAGGAAAUGAUGUUGUGUUCGAGAACGGUAACUCUCAUCAAUUUGAUGUUAUUGUCUUUGCCACUGGCUUCAAGAGGACUACUCACAAUUGGCUUCAGGGAGAUGACUAUCUACUGAAUGAAGAUGGAUUUCCAAAGCCAGAAUUUCCAGAUCAUUGGAAGGGGAAGAAUGGACUCUACUGUGUGGGGCUAUCAAGGAGAGGACUUUAUGGGAUUGCAUUUGAUGCACAAAACAUAGCUACACAUAUCAACUCUCUUCUCUGAAUAAGAAAUAUUUUCCUUCAUUUAGUGCUUUGUCUGAGUGAAAGAUUUUAGAGCCUUAAUUAGACGUAAACGGAAUACUAGUAGUUUGAUAAUUAGUAUGUAGUGAUAUUAAGGGAUGUGAAAGUUGGUUAGUUAAAUUAAUGUAUGAGAUCUACUUUCUAUGUAUUGUGACAACGAUUUUGUCUUUACAUACAAUUUUUUUUUUUUU